AGCGCUUAAUUACAAAUAGCCUAUUAUUCAGACCGACAGCAAAUCAAAGGUGACUCUGAGAGGUGCGCUUUACAUUCACAUCACAUUUAGUGGUAUUUGUGUUGGACGAAGAACCUGGGUGAUCUGAGCAAAAAUGUCUCUGGCUAAAGAUCUGAUGUACCCUGGCUUGGCAGAGGAGAGGAGAAGACACAAGAAGAAGAGACUGGUGCAGAGCCCAAACUCUUACUUCAUGGAUGUUAAAUGCACAGGCUGCUACAGGAUCACCACCAUCUUCAGCCAUGCCCAGACAGUGGUGCCUUGUUCUGGCUGCUCUUUAAUUCUCUGCCAGCCACGAGGAGGGAAAUGCAGACUAACUGCUGGUUGCGCCUUCAGGCGGAAAUAUUCCUGAGCAGAAAUGUGACAAAACCUCCACAAGAGGCAGUAAAAUUGACCAUGGAUAAAAGAGUCUGAGCCUCAGCACUCCAUGAUUUAAAUUGUAGUCGUUUUCACCACCCAGAACAUGAUAUCCUUUGUAUCUCAAUCUUGUUAACGUGGGGUGAAAUUUAAUUUGCCCUAUGGGUUUUAAUGAACCAGAGCAAGAUGGAGCUAUGGGAGACUGAGGAUCUUAUACAUGCAGAUAUUCCAAUAUGAUUGUAUGUAUAUUAGUUAGAUCUGUGAGGCACUUAAUGUAGACAGCUUUUGCGCUACUCCUAUUACAUGAGUAAAACAUGUUUGGUAAUAAAUAAAAGUCAAACGAGUCAUGAUUUCUGUAAAACAUUUAUUAGGUUGACAUAGAGUUGGGUGGUAAAUGAAACAGUUCCAAAUGGUCUCAAUCAGAUGUGAGGUGCUUUUCAUGGCCCUGGCAUGAGAUGAAACCAUGAUGACCAUCACAAACAAAAAUAAAACAUAAAAAAAAAAACAUAUUGUCUGUGUUAUAUGUGUUCUUUGGUCUUGAGAGUUCCCCUGGCAAAAAGAAGUGGCAUAAAUGGGAAAAAAGGCUUAACAACAUCUCACAUAGCUAACAUUAUUCUAUUAUAUACACUAAUAUCCAUGGUUGAUAAAACAUGACUUGAGUUUCCAGUGAUUUGGGGUUUAAUACAAUAUAUUGGCUACAUUAUGGCACAUUGCUGGCAAUGAUGCAGAAGGUGUCAAUGGUCAGGCCAAAUUUAAGGAAGGGUGGUACAAGUAAGAUAUGCACAUCGUGUGCUACAUACUGUGCAUGCACAGCUCUCAGGUUAGCACAAAUUCCCAC